CGCGCGAGCGCGAGCAGCCGCCCGCCGCCGCUCCAGAGCCCGCCGUCCCUGGCCCGGUCACCGCUGCCCCUUCCCCGGCUCCGCCUCCGCCCAGCAUGGACAGCCGCAAGCUCAGCGAGCUCCAGGCCUUCAUCAGGCUCUGCCAGCAGGACCCGGGCCUUCUGCACACGGACGAGCUGCGGUUCCUUCGGGACUGGGUGGAGAGUAUGGGUGGUAAAAUCCCACCUGCUCCACAUAAAGAGAAAUCAGAAGAAAAAAUCAAGGAGGAAAAGACUGAAAGUAAGAAACCCGAGGACUCCCCCAAACUAGAAGAGCUUGAAAGCGAGGAGAGUGACGUAGAGAUUGAUAAUGAAGGAGUGAUUGAAGCAGAUACAGAUUCCCCUCAGGAAAUGGGAGAUGAAACUGCCGAGAUAACAGAUGAGAUGAUGGAUCAGGCUAAUGAAAAGAAAGUGGCAGCCAUUGACGCCCUCAAUAGUGGUGAUCUUAAGACUGCCAUUCAGUUACUCACAGAGGCCAUCAAACUGAAUCCCCGUUUGGCCAUUUUAUACGCUAAAAGAGCCAGUAUCUUUAUAAAACUGCAAAAACCAAAUGCUGCUAUUAGAGAUUGUGACAGAGCGAUUGAGAUAAACCCAGACUCGGCCCAGCCCUACAAGUGGCGAGGGAAGGCCCACAGACUGCUUGGCCACUGGGAGGAGUCAGCCCGUGAUCUUGCCAUGGCUUGCAAACUGGACUAUGAUGAAGAUGCCAGUGCUAUGCUGAAGGAAGUCCAGCCAAGGGCCCAGAAGAUUGCCGAGCAUCGGCGAAAAUACGAAAGAAAACGUGAGGAGCGAGAGGUCAAAGAAAGGCUAGAAAGGGUGAAGAAGGCUCGGGAAGAGCACGAGCGAGCCCAGAGGGAGGAAGAGGCCCGGCGAACCUCAGGAGCCCAGUUUGGCUCUUUCCCAGGUUUUCCUGGAGGUAUGCCUGGGAACUUUGGAGGCAUGCCUGGCAUGGGAGGAGCCGUGCCUGGGAUGGCAGGAAUGCCUGGGCUCAAUGAGAUUCUUAGUGACCCGGAAGUGCUCGCAGCCAUGCAGGACCCAGAGGUGAUGGUGGCGUUCCAGGACGUGGCACAGAACCCUGCCAACAUGUCCAAAUACCAGAGCAACCCGAAGGUCAUGAACCUCAUCAGCAAAUUGUCAGCGAAAUUUGGAGGUCAAGCAUAAAUGCCCUUUUAACAAAUAAAGCCCUUACUGACGGAAAAACAACCCAGAUCACUUAAUGGACCUCGCAAUAAUACAAACCAAAUGUACCUCUGACCUUCUGGUGAAGAAAACGGGGGUGCUUGGAAGAUAACCCCCACCCCACCCCCCGCCCCCAAUGCAACAGGAGCAUUUUACAGUGAUUGGCCAUUAGUCUAUAGCAGAUAACGUUGUCCUGCUCUGAAUCGUAAACUUAAGAAACACAGAAGCAUUUUCCAAAACUUUGAAAUUACUUACAGGAGAAAGGAAAGAUAGUGUGUAAAAUUGUUUUCUUUACUAAUCAUUUUGGCUUUCCCUUGGACUUGAUUAGAUUUCAGGGUGAGGAAGAAGAGACUUCUGUUAAAGAUUUCUUAUCUAGUUAUGGUGGAAAUUGGACUAAUCAGGCGAGCGUUCCUCACGUAACAUGUAAAAUUGGAAGCGUGUUUAUGCCUGUUGGGGUUUUUUGAUUUUUUUUUUUUAAAUCCUGAUGCGCUUUUUGAAAAAACACUUCUUUGGAUGGCAAAACCAAACAUGGGAGUGCCGAUGAUGUAGUGAGUACUUGGGCAGAGACCAGACCUGCCUGCAGUGAGGGCUGGGGCAGUGUUGCCAGGUCUUCCCUCCCGGGGCACUGUGUGGAGGAAUUAACCACCUUGGAAUCUCGGCUGCUCCGCUGUCCACAGGUCGCCGUCAACAUCUGUAUUUCUGUUGAGGGAAAGGAAGGAGGGGGUUCCUUUUCUUUCUUGGAUGUGGAUUGAUGUCCUUUCCUCAGCAGCGAGACUCCCGGCCCUCCCUGGGCUGUUUUCAGUUGUUCUCCACGAUCUAUUUUUUGCCCAUUUUAUUAGGCUAAAAAUAGCUCCCAUGUAGUUAGUGUUUAUGGAGGCCACCAUUCAAAGUGUACUUAGUUGUGCAGACGUUGCCGAAUGCUCGGUUUAAUGUAAAAUGCAACCCUUAGUGUUUCUGUGUACGGGCUAAUGCUCUUAACUUCUCAUUUGGCCAAGAAAUUUCAUUUUUAUUCAUUGGGACCCCAAGCACUACUUGUUUUUCUGUGCUGAAACAUGGAGGGAAGAAGUUCAUGGUUUUCUUUCUUUUACUUGGGAAAUAUCUCUUGAAAAUUACAUUUGCAUUAAUCUUUCCAUUUUGGGGAAGGAGGGCAUGAGGAUUGGAUUAGUGGAUACACAAACAUGUAGGUGAACUUGGCUAUAUGAUCCAUUAUUAAAUACGUGAUUUAUGAGUAGAUUAGAUUUGUGAUUCUUUUUGCAUUGUAGGGUUGUUUAUUUUACGACAGAUCUCAUCACUGCUUUCUGGUAGGGAGGCUGUUCCUUUCAGUGUGUGCUGGCUGUUUCUCCAGCAGCCACUUCUAACGGUAAGCCAGGUGCCAUCCAGAAAACAGCUCUGGCUCUGCCUGCAUGGGCGGGGCCUCCCAUCUAAAGACACCGUGUGUGUUACUUGUGCACACCUGGAGUAGCUGGGGAAGUAGAAUGAAUACGGAGCAUCCCUGAAAUAAGGCAUUGGUUAACUGAUGACACUUGCUCCCCCAUGUAACUGGGCAGGCCGGAGCUGUGGUGUUGAGGGCAGCAGAACUGGUGCAGUGAACACCCUUGCUUGGGCGGAGACGCCUGGGCUUCUCCUGCGGUGUGCUCUCCUUCUCGUAGCCCCCAGCAUGAUACCACUUGUUCUCCCGGUGUCCUUGGGACUUCCCUUGGUUUACUAAACCGUACCUCCUACAUUUAAGCAGUGCAGAAAGUUGAGUCUGGGGAAGCCCUCUUGAUCUUAGGAAAACGGCAUGUGUUCAGAGCGUGUUGGGUCUGGUUGGUUUGCAGAUACAAAGCUUAUUUUCCAUUUGUCUAGGAAGCAACAUGAUAGCCAAGCCUGACAUUUUUUUCUUGUGCUAACAACCCUACCAGAAAGAAAAAUGUGAAAGGAAAGUUUGUUUUUUGUUUUUGCUUAAAAAUAGACGUUAUCAGAUAUUUCUAGUCGCCUUCACAAAUAAAGUGUGGUUUUCAAACCAGAA